GCGCAGGGGGCUGACGGUGUCCCCGCCGUCCUCUCCCCGGAGGGGACGGCGGGGACACCGUCAGCCCCGGCUGGGUGGGGCCGGGCGGGCUGCGGUGCUGUCUGCCAGCCCGGUGCGCGCCGCUCUGCGAUUGCGGGCGAUCCGGUGAUGUGAGUUAUUUCUGCGUUAAAACCUAUCGAAUGGUGAUCUGCGGGUGGGUUGAGAGCGCGGCUGUGCCCCCGGUCCUCCCCAAGGCCCCGGCCGCGUCGCUUUUGCUGUCACAGCGCACAGAACCUGCUCUGUGUAACUUUGUACCCGCAGCGGGCACCGCCUAUUCGAGCCUUAAAGUGCGGUGACCGAAAAGCAAAGUGAGGGGGAAACGUCUUUAACUCUGUUACUGUUUCACAGCUUUAGGUGAGCGCAGAAAUGGCUCCCUUCGAAAAUAAAGGACUAAUACUGGGCAUAAUGGCAGGGACCGCUGGAAUAAGCCUGAUGCUGAUUUGGUACCAUAAAAACCGAAAACGUCAUGCACUUUUGCGCUUACCUGCGCUUCUAGAUGGAGGUAACAGGCUUAAUUCUAUGGGUUUGCAAAAUGAAGCUCCUAAUGAGCAAGGAGAGGUGAUGGUUUUACACAGAAGGCAACUGCAGAUACUAGAGAAGCUGAAUGGCUUGCUACUGAGCGUGGAAGAACUCAAGAGAGAGGUGAAAUUCCUGAAAGAAGCUAUUCCAAAGCUUGAAGAGCUCGUUCGAAAUGAACUUCAAGGGAAGGGAGAUGUUCAGAGAGUCAGCCCAUCACACAGAGCAACAAAGCGGAGAAAAGUUGAAACAGCUUCUGGUGCAACUGAAACUACCAGCUCUGAGGAGGCUGAAAGUGAAGGAGGUUAUCUUACAGCUUACACUGAUUCUGAAGGAGACUCUGAGGAAGAAAAGGGAUGUAUGAAAUCGCCCGAUGCCAUUGUGAAAUCAGAAGAAGAAGAAGAGUUAUUUAAUCUUUUACAGCAGGUGGACAAUUUGCACAAGGGUUCAGAGAAUGAUAAAAAAGAGGCCUUCAGAUUGCUGAUUGAGAAAAAUGACAAGUAUGAAAACUAUGUGGACUUCCUUUGGAGACUUGUGCGUGCCUAUGGAGAUCUGUUUGAGAUGACUACUGACACCGAGGAGAAGAGGAAAUAUGUUACUGAUGGAAAGAUUAAAGCUGAAAAGGCUGUUCAGCUGGAUGCUAAGAGUGCUGAAAGUCACCAGUGGUUUGCAAUUAUGUGUGGCUAUAUGUCUCAGUUUGAAAGUAUACAAAACAAAAUCAGGAAUGGUUAUCUCUUUAAGGAGCACCUAGACAAAGCAAUUGAACUUAAUCCUCGAGAUCCUUUGUUAUAUUACCUAAAUGGAAGAUGGUGCUAUUCAGUAGCUCAGUUAUCUUGGAUUGAAAAGAAGGUAGCUACUGCUCUCUUUGGGACUCCGCCAACUUCAACAGUAGAAGAAGCACUGCAGAAUUUCCUUAAGGAUUUCAGUAGAAGCCUUUCUUGUUUGAGGUGGUGAAAUUACGUUUGUGGAGAAGCAGAAAAGAAAGCUCUGUCAUAUAGGUCUGUGUUCCAGGGCAUUCUACUUGAAUGGACAGUUAUGAGAAAACACCACACAAAUAAAACAAACCUGUCUUUCAGUUCUUUUGUAUGAGUCAUUUCUACUUCUGGAGCUGAAAAAUACAAAUUUUUCACUUGACCGAAUAAAAAGCGUAAACUUCCAUCACUGCAAUUACUUUCAGAGAGUUUCUCAAAAGGAUUGGACAAGCAUAUUUUCUUCACUAUCAAAAGUGCUUGUUUUCUGUGUUCUUAGUCUGUUUAAAGAUGGAAUGAUCUCCUGAGUUUUGGACAAUGUGAUACAUUACCAUCUUCCGAGUUUAAGAGAUUUUAUCUUUAAUGUCAAACUCCAAAGGGGGUAGAAAUAAUUUGAAACAUUCACUUUAGCUUCAGGGUAUUUCGUGGUGGGCUGCGGUUUUCAGUCACUUUCUGCAACAAAAAUUAAAUUGCUGCCUAGAAGACAACUGUUUGGGUUUCUUUUUUCAGUUGUUUUGACAGUACACAGUUGUAGUGAAAGCAGCAUUGUUUUGGUCCAAGGAUUACAGCUACUAUUUAUUUCACUGAUGUAAUUUUUCUCCCACCAAAGCUGUUUGUUGAUUAAAGCUACUUCUUGGCUAGUAGAGAAUUGGUAAGGUUUUUACUCAUCUUUCAAACAUCUACAUCCUUGACGUGUUUUAAAAGGAAGACAAUCUUGAACUAUUUUAAUGAUCUGAACUUUUCAGAAGGUGGUAAUGAGAAAAGAAAGGUGAACCCAGAGCUAGAAGAUACAGGUCUGUGAAAGAAAACUAAUUAUAAAGUUGAUGAACACAGUUCAUUACUCAUUACAGGAAGUAUGGGUGGUUGGUUGCUUGUUCGUUUCCUUGAUGAGUAAAUAAAUAAUAAUCUAGAGAGUGCACUGUCUUCCAACCCACUGUGGAAAUGAAUGAAUCCACUAGAUAAUCUAUAGAAUGAUCCAGUAUCUUUACAAAGUGCUUAUGGAGACAGGAGAACAAGAAGUACAGAAUGUUUUUACGUGUUCGAUAUCACCAUGUCCUGUGCCUAUGUUAGGGUUUGGGUUUGGGGGUUUCUUCUUUCCAUGAGGGUUUUUUGAAUUGCUAAACAAAUCAUGAUGCACACAGUAGGGGUGAUUCAGUCUGGUGUUUGAGGAAGCUUAAUGCACUACUAAAAA